GGGGGGGGGUGGGGGUGGGUUGUGUUUGGUGUCCAUGGCCAGAAAUAACAAGGAUCUGAUCUGGGAAUGAUUGGCAUCGUUGGUCAGUGUGACAAAGUCCUGAAUGUGAACCCCCCAACAAAGCUCAUUUCGCCUUCUCUUCCUGAGCUUCAGCAGAAGCUGUUGUUUUUAACAAAAAAACACCCAGGAAAAAAAAUCCCACACGAGAUGAUUUCUGCAGCUUUGUAUGUCGUUUUGCUUUUGAUAGAUGUGAUAGCUCAGACGGCAGGUGUCAACAACAACCGUGUGGAUUGUGUAAAAGCUAAUGAACUGUGUACCAGCGACUCCAGCUGUAGCAGCAAGUACCGGACAUUCAGGCAAUGCCUAGCCGGGAGUUCCAGCAUGGUGACGGGACCCCAAGCCAAGAACGAGUGCAUCAACGCAAUGGAAGCUCUCCAGCAAAGCCCCCUGUACGACUGCAGGUGUAAAAGAGGCAUGAAAAAUGAGAAGCGAUGCCUCCGAAUAUAUUGGAGCAUUCACCAAAGUUUCAUGCAUGGCGAUGAUCUUUCGGGUUCUCCCUAUGAACCAGUGAACAACAGACUAUCAGACAUAUUCAGAGCUGCCUCCAUUCUCUCAGGAGCGGAACCGCUGGGCACAAGAGGAAACAACUGUUUGGACGCGGCCAAGGCUUGCAACUUAAACGAUAACUGCAAAAAAUUCCGAACCACGUACGUCUCUCCCUGCACCACUCGGAUAUCAGCCUCGGAGAUCUGCAACCGGAGAAAGUGCCACAAGGCUCUCCGACACUUUUUCGACCGGGUCCCCCCGAAGUACAGCUACGGGAUGCUGUUCUGCUCCUGCAGGAACACAGCCUGCACCGAAAGGAGACGGCAGACGAUUGUGCCUAUUUGCUCGUAUCAGGAGAAAGAGAAGCCGAACUGCUUGUCUCUGGCUGAAUCCUGCCAGACAAAUUACAUCUGCAGGUCACGGCUUGCGGAUUUCUUCACAAACUGUCAAUCAGAGUCACGGACUGUGAGCGGGUGCUUGAGGGAGAACUAUGCUGGCUGUUUGCUUGCUUACACAGGACUCAUAGGAACGUUCAUGACCCCAAACUACAUCGACUCUCAAAGCAUCAGUGUGGCGCCUUGGUGCUCCUGUAGUGGCAGCGGGAACCGCAAAGAGGAUUGUGAUGAAUUACUCAAUUUCUUCAUGCACAACAGAUGUUUUCAAAACGCCGUGCAGGCAUUUGGCAACGGUACGGACGUGAAUCUUUGGCAGCACAUGCCUCCUGCGCAGACCACGACACCGUUUAGGCUGAAUGACACGCCGCAGUCCAACACCGAGCCAGCCAGCCAGAGCAACGCAAUCAACACAGCGAACGAUCCCAGCGUCAUUCCCAUCUGUGCAAAUCUACAGGCACAGAGACUACAUUCCAACGCAUCAGUCAGUCAGGAGCUUUGCAUCUCAGAGACACCAAUCACGGCUUCAAAGGAGGAGACUGUCGACGUACAGCCCAAAGGACGCACGUCUCCAGAUAGUUCAUCUGCUUCCAGUAUCGGGAUCCGUGUCAGUGAAGUGCUGUGUCUGAUCACCAUAGUACAUUCAGCCUUUCAUUGCUUCUACUCGUCAGGAAUGUUAUAGACGCGUAUAAAGGGACCUGUAUAAAAAAAGUCCGUUCCCUGUUCAUUUAAUUUUUCAAAAUUUCUAAGAUUACAGACUAAUUUCGAGGCACCUUGCCAAAGGAGAUUCGUAGUAACGGAGGAAAGGGGGGGGGGUGAGUGGGUGGUGAGGAGGCGGUGGAGGGGAGGUGGGGGAAGGAGAGCCUGUUGGUGAGAAUUAGAGGCUGUGUGUGAUACUUGAUGCUCUGUUACAUUCCAGACAAAAGGUUUCUAGGCAUGUGGAGGGGAUGAGCCAGGGUUUAAUUACGGCUGUACUUGCUUUUUGCCCCAGUCUUAAACUGGGAACUCAAAAGCAGCUUUUGUUGGAUCCUAUGUGUAUUGUCCAUGUGUACUGCUUUAUUUAACCUGGCAAGUUAUGUACAGUACAGCAGGAAUGUCAUGUUGUGUCCACUGAGACCGCUGUCAUUCGGGAAGAGUUUUCACCUGAGGAGCAGGGGCCGAGCAGAGCAGAGAGACUUCCUGUUGCUUUUUAUUAUCCCUCUUUUGGUUUGUUGGAUUGCUACAGACCUUUUUAAAUCUUCCGCUAUACGUCCACACCCCCCUCCCCCCCCCCUGUAAUGUUUAUGUAAAUGGAUGCACUCAUCACAGAGGAAAUGAAAAACACAUUAAUCCACGACACGACACAUACCAUUGUAAAUGUCUGCCAUUUUACGUUAAACAAGAAGCUCAAAAUGUGUGGUGUGCUUACGAUUCUCUGAAGAGUGUUACUCGCAAAAUUGUAAAUGACAAGAGUUUUAAAAUGCUAGCCUUAAACCAAGGAAGUGUGAAUUUCUAUAAACAACCAUCUUUGAAAUACUUAGCGAACAACAAUGUUAUGGCUAAUGAACCAACCUUACCUAUAUUGCAGCAAAAUACAGCUUGGGUGACGAUAACUAAAGCUGAAGAACCCUGUGAUGUUAGCAAAGCGUUCUUGUGGGUUACUAACACAUGUAAUACUGUCUUGUAGCAAAUAUCCCAGUGGUUGGCAAGCUUUCAGCUGGCAAGCGGUGCGAAGAGGUACAGAGCACAUUGUUGUAAUUUGUCAAACUGGGUUCUGUUGAGCCCAGGUUCGUGGAAGGAAAAGUACGAAUCAAAUUGCCUGAAUUUUUAAGCAGAAAUAAAGAGGAAGGGAUCGCUUGCUUGUGAAUUACAGUGAGACUGAAAAUAAUGGAAAACACAUGUCAUAUUUUACAAUGGAACAUUAAAAUAUGUUUACACAUCCAAA